CAAUUAUUCAUAUUUGUUUAUAAAUAAUAUCCAUCUACACCCGGCCAACACUCUCACUCCUUAUAUAUUCAGAAGAAAUACCACAGAGCUAGCAAAGAGGGAAACAAAAUAGAGAGAGAGAGAGAGAGGCAGGAAUCAAGAGAUGAAAUCCUACUGUUCUUUCUUUGUUCAGCUUCUAAUACUAGAAUGCUUGGCAAUUGCAUGUGGAUCACAGGCCUACAACUUCUUCUACUUUAUACAGCAGUGGCCAGGAUCAGCCUGCCACACCACAGAAAGGUGUUGCUACCCAACAACAGGAAAACCUGCGGCAGAGUUCAGCAUCUCUGGGUUUCGGCCAUACUAUAACAGUAGUCAAUACGAGAUCUACUGCGCUUCUAACGACGCUUUUAAUCCAUCGAAGCUCUCAGACCUCAUCCCUAAACUGCAUGUAAACUGGCCAUCAUUAGCGUGCCCAAGUAGCGACAGUACAGGCUUGUGGUCACAUGAAUGGACUAAAUAUGGAACCUGCUCAAUGUCUAGAUAUGACCCAACUCAACAUUCAUACUUCCAAGAAACUCUUGUUCUCAAAGGCCGAGCAAACAUCCUCCGAAUCCUCGAAAAUGCUGGAAUUCGACCAAAUGGGAAGUUUUACAGCUUAGCUGCCAUAAAGAGUGCUAUAAAGAGGACAAUCGGGCAUGAGCCUUGGAUAAAAUGUAAUAAGGAUGCAUCGGGGAAGAGCCAACUUUACGAGGUUUAUCUCUGUGUCGGCCGUUAUCAAGUUUCCUUCGAGGAAUGUCCAGCGGCAGCGCUAUCCAAAAUCGGUAAUUCCGGCUGUUCCUCCGCAGUAAAGUUCCCGGCCUUCUAAACUGCAAUGAAGGGACCGUUCUCCUACGCUGAUCUGUCGAUGCUAUCCGGCUCAAAAUAAUUGAUUAAAACCCAUAUAUCAUAAGACUGCGAGUUUAUGUUAUAAGAUUGUGAUUUACUUUUCAGUUUCUGCUUAAAUAAUCGUGGGUGGCUUGCCUACCUGCUCAUAAUAGACAACACGAUUCCAAAUCUCUUCAUUUUCUUUUGGGGGAGAAGGAAGAUCAUAUUGAACAUCUUCUUAAUACUUAAUACACACAAAUUUGGAGUUUGAGAUCUAUAA